GUAGUUUCGAAGUGACAAAAGAAGUGACGUCACUAUCGUUUACAUAUCUGAAUUUUCAGUGUUGUAGUUGAAUACCUUAGCGAAAAAAUCAAGGCCAUGACAACUUUUGUAUUUGUCAAAACGCCUUUGUUGGAAGAAAUAUAUAGAUGUAAAAAACCCCGCACAAUUAUUAUUUUUUGCGAUCGCUCACGCAUCCAUCGGCCUACAGAAGGAGAUAUUACUGGGUCGCUUCAAAGCAUUUCUAAACUUUGUGUUCUAGCUACAUAAUAUCUCAAUCUGUACAAUAUGACCGUCCUGAAAAGCAGACCAAGGAUGGCAGAUCGAAAUGAUCAUAUGGCUUCAUGGCUUCGGAUUGUGCUUUUGUGUUUAUUUUUCUUGAAUUUCAUGCCCAACGGACUUGGGUUUGGAGAUGUUGAAUGGUAUGAAAAUUACACCGUAAAUGGAUGGACGAUCCCGGUAUGUACACGUUCGUUACCAUGCAACAGUGAAAACUGUUCCACUACCCCGUACAACUCAGAUGGACAGUGUUAUUGUGAUCCUUACUGCUUUUACUUCAAUGACUGUUGUAUCGACUUUUUCAAUGAAUGUGUGGAAGAUCUUGCUGAUGAUGACUUCCCUGAGGCGACCAAAGGCAUUAAUCCCAGUCAGUUCUCAUGCGUGACACCAGCAGGAAAUCCACAAUAUAAUGAUCAGUAUCUGAUGGUGAGCAAGUGUGAUGAACGAUGGAAUGAUGAAAAGACUGACAUGACUAAAGCAAAAUGUGAAGGUCAGGCGAUGGGCGAAGACUCACUUACUUUAAUACCUGUAGUAUACAUGAAAAGCAUCACAUUCAAAAAUAUAUAUUGUGUUCUUUGCAACUUCAAGAAUGACGUAAGCCGCGUUACACCAUGGGGAAUAGACGCAACAUGCCUGUCUGCAGAGUUCGCAAAUACAUCACGAAGUAAUUUCAAUAACGAUCAAAUCAUUGGAAUUAUGAAACAUUGCGACUGGAACUUUGAGACUCCCUUUUCAUCAACAGCUGGAAGAAAUUGUAAUAAUGCACCAAGCACAUCAUGCGACGUCGACCAAGACAAUGAUACGAUGGUUCAACUAGCUGAGGCAUGUGAGUCCUACAAAGGUGUCGUCAGCGUUUAUAAUAACCCACAUUGUUACUUGUGUCACAACGCUUUGGUCUUAAAUCAAAAUAUCGAUACAAUCUAUUUAAACUUGAUUUACAUGAAAUGUCCACCCUUCACGACUGAUAAAUCCAUUAUUGCGCCCGUCUACCCUUAUCCGAAUUAUCCAAUUUCUGUCAUUUUCGAUUUUUCAUCUGUUAACGAUCUCCCUAGCCAUGAACAACAACUCGAUAUUUCCUGUGGAGAUAAUAAAAUCUAUGACCAAUAUCAUAACGUUUGUUUAAACCUUUCGUGUCCAGUGGGAUAUAGUCUCAUAAAUAGCUCUUGUCAAAGGCUUCCUUCAAACUUGAGUUGCUUGUUCGAGGAAGGACUUCCUGUCCUUAUUGAAGUGGAGUGCAUGUACGCUAUCGAAGAUAGGUCGAACUGCAAUCCUGAUGUGCAUUUACCCAAUAACAUAAUAUCUUUAUUCGAUAGCAACUACAUGACAUCUGGUAAUCUUUCGGUUAGUAAGUUCCAAGCUGAAACAAUAGGGAAUGGGUCUUUAACGGUAUGUUCUCAACGCCUGGACAUAUGGGGAUAUCUACGAAUUAAUGUUGAUGUUUCUCAAGAAAAUUUAGAUAGUGUAAUUUUGUCCAAAAACAUUCAAAACCACUUCGGAAAUGUCACUUGUAGUGACAUGACUUUAACAAUUUCUAUUGGAUGCAGCAACCUUAAAGAAAUUUGUCCCAACGUCGUUCUACAUGAUGACUUCGUAAAAUCACGUGAUAACGGGACAAGGCAGGUGUUUUUAGUUGGAGAAAUGGCAUAUAGCUUUCGCGAUUCCAUCUAUUCCAUUGAAUAUAACAUCAUAUCAGGGCAGACGAACUCAAAGCGAGAAUAUUUACAAGUGUGUAAUGUACCACCUGAAACAUGUACUUUGGUAUCACAGAACGUCUCGCUUUUUGAUGACUUAGGCAAUGGAUCUUACCUGUAUUUGCCUCUUAACAGAACAUUGACAUCGAAUGACUAUCUUGAAGUUGGAAACGACACAAUUUUCGUUUGCUCUUACGUAUUGAAAAAUAACCAUUCUUCUGGAUUUCUAAAUUUUUCUUCUGCUCAAUCAAUUCUAAGUACCGUCGGUCUUACGUUGUCCGUAAUUGCACUUUUCUUGACUUUCCUUUCUUAUCUCAAGUUUAAUCUUCUACGGAAAGCAACCUCAAACAUUUUGAUUAUGAGUCUUUGUAUUACCCUUAUAGUCGCCCAGUUAUUCAUCUUAUUUGGUGGGCUAGCGGCCUUGAAUUCUUCUAUCUGCAUCUCUUUUGCAAUCAUGGGUCACUACAUGUGGAUUGCAGUUUUCUCACAUACAACAGCUCUUGCUUUUGAUUUGCAACGUCGUUUCGGCAUCGCAGCAAAGUUUGGCCACACCGAUGAGGGCGCUUCGGUACUUGCAAGGUUCCUUGUAUUUGUUUGGGCGUGCCCAGUCCUUGUGGUCGGUCCUUGUCUUGGAAUAUAUUUUACUGGCACAACUUUUCAACAUUUCUCCCUCAGCUACAGUACACUAACUUGUUGGAUCGGUGAUGGUUUGGCCAAUCUGUAUGUCUUUGGAAUCCCUGUCGCUUGUUUCCUCAUCAUCAAUAUUAUUUUAUUUGUCAUGGUAGUUGUUGGUCUUCAUCAGAUGAGAAUUAGUCCAGUUAACAAGCACAAGAGCAAAGACUCCAAACUGUCGUCCGACCUUGUGAUAUAUGUAAAGAUGUCAACUCUGCUUGGCUUCACCUGGGUAUUGGGUUUUAUAGCUGCCUUCGCCGGUGUCACAGCUCUCUGGUAUAUCUUCAUCAUCCUCAACUCUCUCCAAGGAGUCUACAUAUUUAUUGCAUUUGUCUGCAACAAGCGUGUCCUGAUACUCUGGAAGGAAUCUUGUCCCUGCUUUGGUAGGCUCUCCUCGAUGACGUCCUCCAAGUCAAGAUCGACAUCGUCGGAAAUGGUGACAAUGAAAAAAAUCAAAGGGGAAAGUCUCGGGUAGCGAAUCGAUGCUCUGAAUGCACACUCAGAGAUCUUUGAAAAAAAGGUCUAAGAAUUGUAGCCCGAUUCAGGGUCUUCAAAAUCGAAAAAAAAAGGUCAUCGAGCAAGAGUCCUAGCCUCGCCCGAGCUCCUUUACCCGAGGCCAAGACAUCCGAUGCCAAGGAAAAUAAAUCGUAGUCUGGUGCAAUCGGCAAUGACGAGGUUGCAAAAUUGUCCUCGAGGCGGAGAAUGAUGAGGAGAUAAUAUUUAUGAUCAGUGAUACUAGUGAGCCAAAAUAUCAAUAAUUACAGAAUUGAUCAGAGCCAUUAAUAGAGAGAGUUCGGCCAACCCGGUUCACUGGGUUACUAUGCUCUGAUAUCAUCUCGACUUGAUUUUGGCAAUUCUCUUUUGUUUCAACUUCCACAAUCUAAACUCUCACGCUUACAAAAAUUACAGAAUUCUGCAGCCCGUAUUGUUACCCUUAUCAGACGCUCUACUCACAUAACUCCAGUUCUGUCCUCACUGCAUUGGUUACCCAUCGAGUACCGUAUUGUAUUUAAGUUAUUAUUGUUAGCUGAGUUUUUCACUGUAUCCAUGGAUCUGCCCCAGAAUAUAAUGUUAAUUUGUUGAUGCCAUACAAUCCUCCUCGACGUUUAAGAUCUUCUGAUUCAAAGUUGCUUACAGUUCCUAAAUCCAAGAAAUCAUGGGGGGAUAAGUCAUUUGCACAUGCGGGACCAUCCUUGUGGAAUCAGUUGCCAUAUUCCAUUCGUAGUAUUUCAAAUAUCGAUAACUUCAAAAUUGCUCUAAAAACCCAUUUGUUUAAAAUUGCCUUCCAUGCAGUAGUUUGAUUUCAUUGUCAUGACUGUGCUUCUUUUAUCUUCGUCCCUUCCUGCUCCAUGUAAUUUUUCUCUUAUUUCCUUUACGUAGCGCCUUGAGCACAUAAUCAAUGUGGAUUUGGCGCUUUAGAAAUACUCUGUAUUAUUAUUAUUAAGUGGCACAAUUUCUUUUGAAUUAGGCUUGCCUAACAAAGCAUUAUGCGCCAUGUUGGUACACUGUUAGAAAAUUUAUCCUUAAAAUAAAAGAAGUUCCUGUAGCAGUGUCUCGAGAACACCUAUAAUCUUACCAGAUUGCGUUAUCUUACAUUAUAUCAUGUAAAAUUACAGGAAAUUGGUAUUUGGUGUAUGGAAACUUAUAAAUUUCCUUAAAGAAAUUUUUUUUCCCUUUUUAAACAGACCUGUUCUGUUAAAUUGCAGAAAAAUAUCUGCUUUAUGAAUUUACAGAAUGAUUCUGUUAUUCCUUUCUGCAAAAUCUUCUUUUUUCUGUAAAAUCAGGUUUUUUUUAACAGUGUACCCAUGAUUGAAACCGGGUUGGCCGUAAUCUCUCUAUUGAUGGCUUUGGUAUCGAUAAUUACAGAGCGCCAUCUCGCGUGAACUAAAACUGAAUUGCUCUCUUCUGUUUUGGAACAGUCAACUUCAGUCCGGUCAGUGCUAUAUGUAUUAGAUUAUGGCAUACAAUGGUUUUGAGGUGAUGUCUAUAAUGUGACUUCGUCGUUGCAUGUCAUCUUUAGUAAUAAUAAUUGUUAAUUAAAUUAAGGUUUGCAGACUUUUAAAAGUAAUUUUAUAGUGCUGUUGACGGUAUUGACAUAAGUUAUUUGGUGGUGGUAUUUAGACAACUUUUUUUACUUGUAAGUUUUCUCUGGACAUUAGCUGUUUUUUUUUGAGCGCGGGCGCGCGUGUGUGUAUCAUAGUAUGCGAGGGAGAGUGUGAGAGUGUGGGUGUUCGAGUUUGUAAUGACCUUCUACUGGGGACGUUUUACCCAUGGAGGACGUCCACAGACCAGAAACAUUCAUUAUCUCAUUUCAAACCAUUUCAUAUAGUGAGCGCAUAAUAAUUAUGUUCGGUCAAUCACUUCAAGUUGUGUGUAAGGGGUAGGAAGUGUCCCCAAGUGGGCCCCGUUAGUUGAUUAAAUUUAAACUUCUGAGUGU